GAUGGAAAGUGGAUACAUUGCAACAAGGACUAGAAUACAGAAUUUGGUAACCUUCUCCGCAAGAAUAUAACUUUCUGGAUAGAUUACAAAUAAAAUAAAUCCAAGCUUAUCUUCUCAUCUUGGUUUUCGUUAACAAACUAUUGUUUGCAGUUCCUUUUAUUACAUGAUCAGUAGUACUAUAUCUACAUAUAUUUUAAAAACUUUUUUUACUGAUGCUGUAAAGGUACCAAGGCAUUCUGCUUUUGGGGCAGAAAUGGCCUUCAUGUACAUGGAAUGGAAUUACAGAAACUUUAAACAAAGACAAAGAAAACAAAACAUGGUUUGUGAGUCAAGUGCUUUUCCUGCGCCAUUUAUCAGAAGGAAAUUUCGCCGAGCUUUCGGGAAGUUUAAGCUUCUGUAGUAUGUAGUAGUAAUUAGCAUGUCAUAUAUAUGUGUAAGGGUAGCUUCAACCUAAGCAGCCUACAAUCUGUUGAUCAGCUUUUCCCAUCCAAAACUAAAGUUAGUUCAUAGCCUUAAAAGGUGUACUUCGAUGGCGCCCCCCGAUCGAAAUGAUCUGGAACUUGGUAUCAGACAUGAUAUACAUCAAUCUCAACCACUGCCUUCUUCUGAUGCCGGCCAACACUUCCAAGAUUACCAUCUAUGUCUACAAAAAGCUUGCCUCCGUGGUGAUUGGAAAGCUGCUGAACAAAUCCAUGCAAAACAUUCUGAUUGCUUCCAUGAGAAAAUUUCGAGAAAGGGUGAUACUGCUCUGCAUAUAGCAGCAGCUGCGGGGCGCUAUAGUUUCGUGAAGCAAUUACUAGCGUACGCCCUAUCAACUGGCCAACAAUUGGAUUUGCGGCUGCCUAAUGAUGAAGGAAAUACCGCCUUCUUUUUGGCUGCUGCAUCGGGUGUGGUCGAUAUCGUGGAGGAGAUGCAAGUUCUUAACCGAAAUCUGGCCAACAUUCCUGGUAGCAAAGGAAUGAAACCAAUUCAAAUUGCUGUCUUGCAAGGCCAUGAGAAAAUGGUCAAUCAUCUCAUGCCUGAUUGUUUUGGACAUUUAUCCAACGAGGAACGCACCGAUCUACUUAUUGCUACCCUCGAAAAAGAUCUUUACGAUGUGGCCUUGAAGAUCUUAAAAGAAGAUGGAGACGAUGGAUUAGCCACUAGACGGAAUGGAAACUCACUUACGCCAUUACACGUCUUGGCUAGAAAGACCCAAACGGAGAGCCAUAGUCACCUCAACUACAAUUGGAACCCGUUGAGGAAGCAGAACCAAGAUCAUCGCAAACAUGAACUUGUUGAGCACCUAUGGAAAAGAGUCAUAGAAACCAGAAAUCAUCAGAAAAUCUCCGAUAUGUUAUCAUUCCCUCAGCCUGAACUGCUCUUUGUUGCGAUACAGAUGGGAAACUACGAGUUUGUCACAACCCUCAUCCGGCAUUACCCAGAUCUAAUAUGGGAAAAGGACCAUAAGAGUAGAACCAUAUUUCACGCUGCUGUUGAGUACCGUCAAGAGAAGAUCUUUAGUCAUAUUUUCCAAUUAGAAGGUAUUAGGCAUUUGCUUACCGCUUACACGAAUCCUUUCAAUGGAAACAACAUUCUUCACUUAGCUGCCUCCUUACCAGAGCCUGAUAUACUUGAUAGCGCGUCUGGUGCAGCUCUUCAAAUGCAGCGAGAACUCCUAUGGUUUCAGGCAGUUGAAAGUAUAGUACCGCGUCAAUAUGCCCAUUCUGAAAAUUCUAUCUUAACGCAAAUAAGUGACACAGAGGCAGUGGAAAGCAAGGAAACGCCACGAGAGAUGUUCAACAGAGAACAUGCACAGUUACGUAUAGAAGGGGAGAAUUGGAUGCGAAAGACCUCGACUUCAUGUAUGGUGGUAGCAGCUCUUGUCGCGACCAUAGUUUUUCAAGCAAUCUUUCAGCCACCGAACAAAGGAAACAAUGAGAAACUCUUUUGGGUGUUUGUUAUCUCAGAUGCAUUCUCUUUGUUAUCGUCAACUGCAUCAAUAUUAACAUUUCUUUCAAUUCUGACAUCAACGUACGCGGAAGAGGAUUUCUUAGUAUCACUACCAUUGAAAUUGAUGGUUGGUCUUGCUAUGCUUCUCUUCUCCAUAUUGACAAUACUACUAGUUUUUACUAUAUCUAUCAUUAUCCUUUUGCCUUACAAAUCGGUGUGGAUUAUUGUUGCUGUGUUUGCUUGGUUCACCGGCGUUGUCUACAUCCGUCUGCAUUUUCCGUUGUUGGUUGUUGUUUAUCGGUCUACUUUCGGAACUAAGUAUCUUUUCCGUCCUCAACAUGAGCUAUUCCGGGAUUAGUGUAGAACAAACUCGAUCUUAUGAUGAAUACUGUUUAAUUUCUAGGAGUACUUGCGUGUGUAUGUAUAAAUGUAGUCAACUUUUCUCGACCUGUAUAUAUUGUGAUUUAUAAUAUAAAUUUAGGAAGACUUUUCAAUGACUACCAUUUAUGGUAGCCACCAUAUUAAAAUGAAUCUCAAUCCUUUAUCUUUGU